AUGGAACGCAGUCGUCGAUCCACGACAUAUCUUGAUCAGCGGGAAGGAAAGGGAAUUACGCUGGGAGGAUGCAAUGUGUCGGUCCUGGCGUUCGCGGAUGAUCUGAUUAUCAGCAAAUCUGAAGAGGACAUCCAACUCGUGGCUGAAUAUUUCAGCGCCCUAGGCACAUACCUCACGAUAGCCAAAUGCAACGCGUUCACUUCUAAUCCGCUACAUAAAACUUGGGCUAUCUUGAAGAUCAAGGAUCAAGAAGUCAAAUAUGUGGACCCAGACGAAGUGAUCCGUUACCUAGGUGUCAGCUCCAUUACGUGGAAAUGA